AUGGCGCCGCCGCCGCCCGUGCUGCCCGCGCUGCUGCUCCUGGCCGCCGCCGCCGCCCUGCCCGCCCUGCCUGCGCUGGGGCUGCGCGCGGCCGCCCGGGAACCGCAUGUCCCCGGCGGGGCCCGCGCCUUCCUUCCCGGGCCCCGCGAGACCUACCCGCUGGACUCGGCGCGCACGGCCCGGGCGCCGCGCGAGUUUUUGGCCGUAAGCCGCGAUGGGCGCCUAGUGGGACGACGGCGCGGGCCGGGCGCGGAGCCCCGGGGCUGCGCGCGCCCGGGUAGGCGCCCAUUGCCGCUGCCUGUGCGCCUGGCCGUGCGCGGCGCGGGGUCGGCACUGAGCCUACGCCUGCGGGCUCGCACGCUCGGCCCGGGCUGUGGGGCCCGGCGCGGACCGGCUCCCGGAGCGGAACUGCGCGCGCGGGCCCUGCUCUCGGCCCCCGGACCUGGCUCUUCUCUCUGCUUCCCGGGCCCCGGUGGGGCCGCGCUGCGCUUGGCCCGCACCGCCUUCAACACCUUCCCUGCCUGCCGCUGCCCGCCGCGCUCCGGGCCCCGCUGUCCGCGCCGCCCCGUCUGCCUGCGCUUGAUGUGCGUCCUCGGGCGCACGGCCGGCACAGUCCCGGUGCGUCUAGCCCUAGAGGCGGCCUCAGGGACACCCUCCUCGUUGCCGUCGCCGCCAAGCCUGCCCCGAGCUGGGGCGGGGGUGGCGCGGCGGGCACGACGGGGCGCGGGCGGCAUUACUAGCCCGCAGUUUCCGCUGCCUAGCUACCAGGUGUCAGUUCCCGAGAACGAGCCGGCGGGCACGCCAGUCAUUGAGCUGCACGCGCUGGAUCCCGACGAGGGCGAGGCAGGGCGCCUAAGCUACCAGAUGGAGGCGCUGUUCGACGAGCGCUCCAAUGGCUACUUCCUCAUAGACGCCGCUACAGGCGCAGUGAGCACGGCCCGCGCGCUGGACCGCGAGACCAAGGACACGCACGUGCUUAAGGUGAGCGCCGUGGACCACGGCUCGCCACGGCGCUCGGCCGCCACCUACCUCACCGUCACGGUCAGUGACACCAACGACCACAGCCCCGUGUUUGAGCAAUCUGAGUACCGUGAGCGCGUGCGUGAGAACCUCGAGGUGGGCUACGAGGUGCUGACCAUCCGCGCCACCGAUGGCGACGCUCCCUCCAAUGCCAACAUGCGCUACCGCCUGCUAGAGGGCGCGGGCGGCGUCUUCGAGAUCGACCCGCGCUCAGGCGUGGUGCGCACGCGGGCCCCGGUGGACCGAGAGGAGGCGGCCGAGUACCAGUUCCUGGUAGAAGCCAACGACCAGGGCCGCAACCCGGGCCCGCUCAGUGCCACGGCCACCGUUCACAUCGCCGUGGAGGACGAGAACGACAACUACCCCCAGUUCAGUGAGAAGCGCUAUGUGGUCCAGGUGCCCGAGGACGUGGCACCCAAUACGCCUGUGCUGCGCGUGCAGGCCACAGACCAGGACCAGGGCCAGAACGCUGCCAUCCACUACAGCAUCGUCAGCGGGAACCUGAAGGGGCAGUUCUACCUCCACUCCUUGAGUGGGAGCCUGGACGUCAUCAAUCCUCUGGACUUCGAGGCCAUCCGCGAGUACACCCUGCGCAUCAAGGCCCAGGAUGGGGGCCGGCCUCCACUCAUCAACUCCUCGGGGCUGGUGGCCGUUCAGGUGCUGGACGUGAACGACAACGCACCCAUCUUCGUGAGCAGCCCCUUCCAGGCUGCUGUGCUGGAGAAUGUGCCCCUGGGCCACUCAGUGCUGCACAUACAGGCGGUGGAUGCGGACGCGGGGGAAAACGCCCGUCUGCGCUACCGCCUGGUGGACACGGCCGGUGCAGGGGGCGGUGGUGCUGGGCCUGAGGACCCCGCCCCGGGCCCGGACUUCCCCUUUCAGAUCCACAACAGCACCGGAUGGAUCACAGUGUGCGCAGAGCUGGACCGUGAGGAGGUGGAGCACUACAGCUUUGGGGUGGAGGCCGUGGACCACGGCUCGCCGUGCAUGAGUUCUUCCGCCAGCGUGUCCAUCACGGUGCUGGACGUCAAUGACAAUGACCCAGUGUUCACGCAGCCUGUGUACGAGCUGCGUCUCAACGAGGACGCAGCGGUGGGCAGCAGCGUGCUGACCCUGCAGGCCCGCGACCGGGACGCCCACAGCGUGAUCACCUACCAGCUCACGGGCGGCAACACGCGGAACCGCUUCGCCCUGAGCAGCCAGAGCGGCGGAGGCCUCAUCACCCUGGCCCUGCCGCUGGACUAUAAGCAGGAGCGGCAGUACGUGCUGGCGGUGACCGCAUCCGACGGCACCCGCUCACACACGGCUCAGGUCUUCAUCAACGUCACUGAUGCCAACACCCACCGCCCGGUCUUCCAGAGCUCUCACUACACGGUCAGCGUCAGUGAAGACCGGCCCGUGGGCACCUCCAUCGCCACCAUCAGUGCCACCGACGAAGACACGGGGGAGAACGCGCGCAUCACCUAUGUGCUGGCGGACCCAGUGCCACAGUUCCGCAUCCAUCCUGACACCGGCACCAUCUACACCAUGACCGAGCUGGACUAUGAGGACCAGGCCGCCUACACGCUGGCCAUCACUGCUCGGGACAACGGCAUCCCCCAGAAGUCCGACACCACCUCCCUGGAGAUCCUUGUCCUGGACGCGAACGACAACGCACCCCGCUUUCUACGUGACUUCUACCAGGGCUCUGUCUUCGAGGAUGCGCCGCCCUCAACCAGUGUGCUCCAGGUCUCUGCCACCGACCGAGACUCGGGCCCCAACGGCCGUCUGCUGUACACCUUCCAGGGCGGGGACGACGGCGACGGGGACUUCUACAUUGAGCCCACGUCUGGAGUGAUCCGCACUCAGCGCCGACUGGACCGGGAGAAUGUGGCCGUGUACAGCCUCCGGGCUCUGGCUGUGGACCGGGGCAGCCCAGCACCCAUGAGUGCCUCGGUGGAGAUCCAGGUGACUGUCCUGGACAUCAAUGACAACCCCCCUGUGUUUGAGAGGGACGAGCUGGAACUCUUUGUGGAGGAGAACAGUCCGGUGGGGUCGGUGGUGGCGAGGAUUCGUGCCAAUGACCCUGAUGAAGGCCCCAACGCCCAGAUCAUGUAUCAGAUUGUGGAGGGCAACGUGCCCGAGGUCUUCCAACUGGACCUGCUCAGUGGGGACCUGCGCGCCCUGGUCGAGCUGGACUUUGAGGUGCGGCGAGAAUAUGUGCUGGUGGUACAGGCCACGUCGGCACCGCUGGUGAGCCGGGCCACGGUGCACGUGCGCCUACUGGACCAGAACGACAACCCACCGGUGCUGCCCGACUUCCAGAUUCUCUUCAACAACUACGUCACCAACAAGUCUAACAGCUUCCCCAGCGGUGUCAUCGGCCGCAUCCCAGCCCACGACCCCGACCUCUCCGACAGCCUCAACUAUACUUUCCUGCAGGGUAACGAGCUGAGGCUGCUGCUGCUCGACUCGGCCACGGGCGAGCUGCAGCUCAGCCGCCACCUGGACAACAACCGGCCGCUGGAGGCGCUCAUGGAGGUGGCUGUGUCGGACGGCAUCCACAGCGUCACAGCAGUCUGCACCCUGCGCGUCACCAUCAUCACGGACGACAUGCUGACCAACAGCAUCACGGUCCGCCUGGAGAACAUGUCUCAGGAGCAGUUCCUGUCCCCGCUGCUCGGCCUCUUCGUGGAGGGCCUGGCGGCCGUGCUGUCCACCGCCAAGGACGACGUCUUCAUCUUCAACAUCCAGAACGACACCGAUGUGCGCUCCAACAUCCUGAACGUGACCUUCUCGGCGCUGCUGCCGGGUGGCGGGCGCGGCCGCUUCUUCCCGUCGGAGGACCUGCAGGAGCACAUCUACCUGAACCGCACGCUGCUGACCACCAUCUCGGCGCAGCGCGUGCUGCCCUUCGACGACAACAUCUGCCUGCGGGAGCCCUGCGAGAACUACAUGAAGUGUGUGUCGGUGCUGCGCUUCGACAGCUCUGCCCCCUUCAUCAGCUCCACCACCGUGCUCUUCCGGCCCAUCCACCCCAUCACCGGCCUGCGCUGCCGCUGCCCGCCCGGCUUCACCGGCGACUACUGCGAGACCGAGAUCGACCUCUGCUACUCCAGCCCCUGUGGCGCCCACGGCCGGUGCCGCAGCCGCGAGGGCGGCUACACCUGCGAGUGUCUGGAGGACUACACAGGGGAGCACUGUGAGGUGAACGUGCGCUCGGGCCGCUGCGCCAAUGGAGUGUGCAAGAAUGGAGGCACCUGUGUGAACCUGCUCAUCGGUGGCUUCCACUGCGUGUGCCCUCCAGGCGAAUACGAGAAGCCCUACUGCGAGGUGACCACCAGGAGCUUCCCACCCCAGUCCUUUGUUACGUUCCGUGGCCUGCGGCAGCGUUUCCACUUCACCAUUUCCCUCACGUUUGCCACCCAAGAAAGGAACGCCUUGCUGCUCUACAACGGCCGCUUCAAUGAGAAGCACGACUUCAUCGCCCUGGAGAUCGUGGACGAGCAGGUGCAGCUCACCUUCUCCGCAGGUGAGACCACCACGACGGUCGCACCACAGGUGCCUGGCGGCGUGAGUGAUGGGCGGUGGCACUCCGUGCAGGUGCAGUACUACAACAAGCCCCACAUCGGCCGUCUGGGCCUGCCCCAUGGGCCGUCGGGAGAGAAGGUGGCUGUGGUGGCUGUGGAUGACUGUGACACGGCCAUGGCAGUGCGCUUCGGGAGCUACGUCGGGAACUACAGCUGUGCGGCCCAGGGCACCCAGAGCGGCUCCAAAAAGUCCCUGGAUCUGACGGGCCCCCUUCUCCUGGGGGGCGUCCCCAACCUGCCCGAGGACUUCCCUGUGCACAACCGGCAGUUCGUGGGCUGCAUGCGGAACCUGUCCGUUGACGGCAAGAACAUGGACAUGGCCGGCUUCAUUGCCAACAAUGGCACCAGGGCAGGCUGCACUGCCCAGAGGAACUUCUGUGACGGAGUCUGGUGUCAGAACGGGGGCACAUGUGUCAACAGGUGGAACACGCACCUGUGUGUGUGCCCGCUCCGGUUCGGGGGGAAGAACUGUGAGCAAGUCAUGCCUCACCCCCAACGCUUCAGUGGAGAGAGCAUCGUGUCCUGGGACAACCUGGCCGUCACCAUCUCUGUGCCGUGGUACCUGGGGCUCAUGUUCCGCACCAGGAAGGCGGACGGCGUGCUGAUGGAGGCCACUGCUGGUGUGUCCUCCCAGCUCCUUCUGCAGAUCCUGGAUAAUUACGUCCAGUUUGAGGUGUCCCACGGCCCCUCUAAUGUGGCAUCCAUAAUGCUGUCCAGAUCACGGGUUACUGACGGGGAGUGGCAUCACCUGUUGAUAGAACUGAAGAGCGCCAAGGAGGGCAAGGACAUCAAGUACCUAGCAGUCAUGACUUUGGACUACGGGAUGGACCAGAGCACAGUGCAGAUUGGGAACCAGCUACCCGGGCUAAAGAUGAGAAGCAUCGUUGUCGGGGGCACGUCUGAAGACAAGGUGUCCGUGCGCCGAGGUUUCCGGGGCUGCAUGCAGGGAGUGAGGAUGGGGGAGACAUCCACCAACAUCGCCACCCUGAACAUGGACGACGCCCUCAAGGUCAGGGUGAAGGAUGGCUGUGAGCUGGAGAGCCCCUGCGCCUCAAGCCCCUGUCCCCCCCACAGCCGCUGCCACGACACCUGGGACAGCUAUUCCUGCCUCUGUGACAGAGGAUACUUUGGACGGAAGUGUGUGGAUGCGUGCCAUCUGAACCCCUGCGAGCACGUGGCCACCUGCGUGCAUGCACCCAGCUCCCCCCGGGGCUACGCGUGCGAGUGUGGACCUGGCCACUACGGGCAGUAUUGUGAGAACAGAAUCGACCUCCCGUGCCCCAAAGGCUGGUGGGGGAGCCCUGUCUGCGGACCCUGCCACUGUGCCAUCCACAAAGGCUUCGACCCCGACUGCAACAAGACCACCGGGCUGUGCCAGUGCAAGGAGAAUCACUACAAGCCUCCUGACCAGGACGCCUGCCUGCCCUGUGACUGCUUCCCACAUGGUGCCCACAGCCGCACCUGUGACGCAGACACCGGGCAAUGUGCCUGCAAGCCAGGCGUCAUUGGGCGCCAGUGCAACCGCUGUGACAACCCCUUCGCCGAGGUCACCACGCUGGGCUGCGAAGUGAUCUACAGCGGCUGUCCCAGGGCGUUCGAGGCCGGCAUCUGGUGGCCGCAGACCAAGUUCGGGCAGCCUGCAGCGGUGCCAUGCCCCAAGGGCUCCGUGGGAAACGCAGUGCGGCACUGCAGCGGGGAGAAGGGCUGGCUGCCCCCCGAGCUCUUCAACUGCACCUCCUCCUCCUUCCUGGACCUCAAAGUCAUGAACGAGAAGCUGAGCCGCAACGAGACGUGGCUGGAUGGCGACAGCUCUGUGCGGCUGGCCAAGGCACUGCGCAACGCCACGCGGCACACUGGCGCCCUGUUCGGCAACGACAUCCGCACCGCCUACCAGCUGCUGGCCCGCGUCCUGCAGCACGAGACCCGGCAGGAGGGCUUCGACCUGGCAGCCACGCGGGACUCUGGCUUCCACGAGGAUGUGGUGAGUGCGACCAGUGCCCUCCUGGCCCCAGCCACCCGGCCUGCCUGGGAGCAGAUCCAGAGAAGUGAGGGUGGCUCGGCAGAGCUGCUGCAGGGCUUCGAGGCCUACCUCAGCACCAUGGCGCGCAGCGUGAGGAAGACCUACCUGCUGCCCUUCGUCAUCGUCACCCCCAACAUGAUCCUUGCCAUCGACAUCUUCAACAAGUCUAACUUCACGGGAGCCCGGGUGCCGCGGUUUGAGAACGUUCGCGAAGAGUACCCGAAGGAACUGGAGUCCUCGGUCGUCUUCCCUGCAGACUUCUUCACACCACCUGAGAAGAAGAAAGAAGGCCCCACGGCCAAGCCGCCCAGCCGGAAAAACGCCCCGCAGCCAGCACACCUGGGGCCCAGCACUGAGAGGGAGGCCGUGUCCAGACAGCGGAGACACCCGGACGAGUCCAGCCAAUUUGCUGUCGCCCUGGUCAUCAUCUACCGGACCCUGGGGCAGCUGCUGCCUGAGCACUAUGACCCUGACCGUCGCAGCCUUCGGCUGCCCGGCCGGCCGGUCAUCAACACGGCGGUGGUGAGCGCGGUGGUCUACAGUGAGGGCGCUGUGCUCCCCAGCCCCCUGGAGAGGCCCGUCCUGGUGGAGUCCAUCCUGCUGGAGACAGAGGAACGCACCAAGCCCACCUGCGUGUUCUGGAACCACUCAAUCCCCCUCGGCGGGACCGGAGCUUGGUCGGCCAAGGGCUGUGAACUUCUGUCCCGGAACCGGACACACGUGGCCUGCCAGUGCAGCCGCGUGACCAGCUUCGCGGUGCUCAUGGAUGUGUCCCGGCGGGAGCAUGGCGAGGUCCUGCCCCUGAAAAUCGUCACCUACGCAGCCCUGUCCUUGUCCCUGGCGGCCCUGCUGGUGGCCUUCGUCCUGCUGGCGCUGGUCCGGGCGCUGCGCUCCAACCUCCACUGCAUCCACAAGAGCCUCGUCGCGGCCCUCUUCUGCUCCCAGCUGGUCUUCGGGGUCGGGAUCCACCAGACAGAGAACCCGUUUGUGUGCACGGUCAUCGCCAUCCUCCUGCACUACGUCCACAUGAGCACCUUCGCCUGGACCUUCGUGGAGGGCCUGCAUGUCUACCGCAUGCUGACCGAGGCCCGCAACAUUGACUCGGGGCCCAUGCGCUUCUACUACGUCGUGGGCUGGGGCGUCCCAGCCGUCAUCACAGGACUGGCAGUGGGUCUGGACCCCCAGGGCUACGGGAACCCUGACUUCUGCUGGCUGUCCCUGCGUGACACUCUCAUCUGGAGCUUUGCUGGGCCCAUCGGGGCUGUGAUAAUUAUCAAUACAGUUAUUUUUGUCCUGUCCGCCAAGGUUUCCUGCCAAAGAAAGCACCAUUACUACGAGAGAAAAGGAGUCAUCUCCCUGCUGAGGACGGCCUUCCUGCUGCUGCUUCUCGUCAGUGCCACCUGGCUGCUGGGGCUGCUGGCUGUGAACCGCGAUGCGCUGGUCUUUCACUACCUCUUUGCUGUCUUCAGCUGCUUACAGGGUCUGUUCGUCCUCUUGUUCCACUGCGUGUUCAACAGGGAGGUCCGGAAGCACCUGAAGGGGGUGCUCGCUGGCAAGAAGUUGCACCCGGAUGACUCAGGCGCCACGAGGGCCACCCUGCUAACGCGCUCCCUCAACUGCAGCAACACGCUCGGCGAGGAGCCCGACCUGUACCGCACGGCCCUGGGCGAGUCCACCGCCUCCCUGGACAGCACCCUCAGGGAUGAAGGUAUCCAGAAACUCAGCGUGUCCUCGGGGCUGGCGCGGGGCAGCCAUGGGGAGCCAGACGCGGCCUUUGUCCACAGAAGCACCAAGAAGGCGCACGGCCGUGACUCAGACUCAGACAGCGAGCUGUCCCUGGACGAGCAGAGCAGCUCCUAUGCCUCCUCGCACUCCUCAGACAGUGAGGAUGAAGGCGUGGAGGCUGAAGACCAGUGGGACCCCGUCACGCCCCAGGCCCGCACCCAUGGCCCUGCCCACAGCACCCCCAAAGUGGACCCUGCAGCCAACCACAUCGCAGCCGACUGGCCAGACGGGAGUGAUGGGGAGGAGCCGGGCAAGAAGCCCCGCCUGAAGGUGGAGACCAAGGUCAGCGUGGAGCUGCACCAGGAGGAACGGCCAGCCGGCCCACUGCCCAACCCGCCUGUGGAGCAGAGGAAAGGCAUCUUGAAAAACAAGGUCACCUACCCACCCCCACUAACUGAGAAGACCCUGAAGACCCGGCUGCGGGAGAAGCUGGCCAGCGGGGACCAGAGCGCCGGCUCCUCGCCAACAUCCUCCCUGGGCUCCAACGAUGGGGGACUGCGAACCCCCACAGACUGUGACGUCACGGUCAAGAGCCCACCACCCCGGGAGCCUGUGCGUGAGCACCUCAACGGGGUGGCCAUGCAUGUGCGGGCGGGGAGCGCCCAGGCCAAUGGCGCUGACUCUGAAGGCAGUAACGAAACUUCAAUUUGAACCAUCAGGAAACCGUGAGGCGAGUCCAUCACUCCACAUGGCGUCUGUGCAGCGUGUCCUCGACCCUGGAGCCCAGGGGGCACUGCCCUUCAAGUGAGGUGGGCCCUGGGCGUGGGGCUCCUGGACUGGCAGCCCCGGGACCUUCCUCCACUGCAGGGGCUCGGGCUCAUCGGACCCUGUGACAAGUGCCAAAGGCCACAGGCUCAAGGGAGAUGUGUCUUCAGACGCAACAGAGCCACCGCUGUGCCGCUGGCCCAGCCAGAAGCUCACAGCAGGGGGGCCACCCGGGCAGGCCGACACCUGCCAGGGCGCAGGGGUACAGGGCAGGCCAAGGACCAGAGUCCGUCCGCCUGUGUGGUUGUCAGGCCCACGGCAGCAGCCUCGCCAGCCCUCUGCAGGGCACCACCUGUCUUAAACGGCUCUGCCGUGACGAGGAGGCGUAGAUGCUUACAGACUGGUACAGGAUGCUGAGACGGCGAAGGCUGCGUGUUUCAUGCCUGUACUGAUGGUUAACACGGAGACGUUGUGGGUCGACUGCUCACUGUUUUUAUAUAAGAUUGCACAGUCAUCCCUGAGUCGGGUGCACACGGAUACAACCGCCAGCAUCUCAGCCAAUCAAAAGCGUGAGGUGCGUCAGGGUCGUCAGAUGGAAGUCCCUGGUGCCGACGGUGGCCGGUGGCUGAGAACACGCAGGCAUUCAGGGCAGCCUCCUGCACCCGUGGCGACUUUGUCAGUGUGUUUGCUCCCGGCUCCAGCCGCCCCUGCGUGGGUUACUGCAGGGCUGUGAUUCACCACCGGUCCUCCCUGACCCCCCCUUCGCCAGUUAGCUCUCAGGCCCUAAGGCCUCCCUGGAGCCCUGCCCAGUCAAUUCCUUUGUCCCUCUCCUCCUGUUCAUGUGUUCCCGACUCUGACAGAGGCCUGGGUCCCCCGGGUGUCACAGUUCUUCCUGCCAACUUCCCAGCUCUCCUAGACGCCGGGGAUCUGUGGGCGGGCUUGAGUCCCAUCCCCAGGGUCUGACCAAUUAUUUCAUUUUACUUCAAAUGGCCAAUUGUGCAGAGGGACAAAACCGGAGCCAGGCUUUUCAGCGGUGACCACACUGCCUUGGAGACGCGCACCGCGGACCAGCUGGGACUGCCCCCCCGUGGGCACCAGCAGAGUGGCCCGCGGGCUGUGGCACGGGGCCCGCAGUCAUUCAGACACAUUCUAUUUCAGUGUUACCUUUGUUCCUCAAAUGAGGUGUCCAAAUAAACGAUCGGCACAGCUGCUUGCAGCCGUAAAAUAUGGCAAAAGCUCAGUAAGAUGCAAACACGGUCAUACCGUGGACUUUUCACCUUUCAUUCCGAUGAAAAUGCGAACGUCGUUGCCGAAUGAUCACACGAGAGGAAAAGUGGAUCGGGAAACGGGCGAACACUCAACAGGUAGUGAAAUCUGACCCCAAGGUCCUCAUGCCGGGGUGAAUCACAAGUGCCUUCACAGUGCUGUGCGGGUGCGUGGUCUCUGUCACUGUUUACCACUGAGGCGUUUUCUGAGUAGAAAGGGAGUUCUCCUACUUCUGAGUCUUUGAACACUCCGUUUAGGUAGGACCUCUUACAACUGGACUCUGCCCCUCGUUAGUGCUUCAAUUGGGUCAGAACCGUUACCAAAAAAAAAAAAAAAAACUGUCCAUCUUCUUAAGACAAAGAAUUUAAACCUAUUUUUAUGACCUAAAACUUUAUGAGAGAGAUUAGACACUGGAGGUUUUUUUUUUUAACAAAUGUAUAUUUAUUAAUGUUCAAAACACUGGAAUUACGGCACAAAUGAGAAAAGAGUCUACAAUAAAUUAAGAUUUUUGAA